ACAGGAAGUCCCUAACUGGUUAUUGUGUUUUUUUAGGUGAUGCUCUAAUCUCUUGGAGGUCAAAAAAAAACAAGAUGUAGUUUCAAGAUCCUCUGCUGAAGCAGAGUAUAGGUCUAUGGUCACAACCUCUUGUGAAAUCACUUGGUUAUUGUAUUUGUUGAGGGAUUUACACAUACCACAUGAUAAACCAGCCUUGAUGUACUGUGACAACCAGGCAGCAUUACAUAUCUCAGCAAAUCCGGUUUUUCAUGAAAGGUCAAAGCACAUUGAAGCUGAUUGCCAUAUAGUGAGGAAUAAGAUCUUGGAUGGCACACUUAAAACCUUCUAUGUAUCCACACGAAAUCAGUUAGCUAAUAUAUUUACAAAGGCACUUGGAGUUGAAAGUUUUAUGAGGUUAUUGUCAAAACUGGGAGUGAUUGAUAUUUUUAGUCAUAAGAUUCAAUUUCCAGAAUAUACUAAGGAUAAUAGAGAAGCAAGAGCUUUGCUCUUGAGGGGGAGUGUUAAAAGUAAUGCUAAAUGUCAAGGGGAGUUGCAGGGUAGUGUGCAUCAGGGAGCAGCUCAGUGUGCAUCACAGGAGCAGGGAAGCCUGCAAUUGAAUGCAUUACAUGGUGCAUCUCAGUAUCAGAAGCAAAACAGAGAUACAAGCCUAAGUGAUGAAGACUUAGAAGAGUUGUUGGAGUCCAUUCCUUAUCACGAUCAGAUCAUACACUCUAUACCAGGAAUGAUGCCAAGUGGAUGUACACGUGUCAUAGCUAGGUAGUGCUUAGCUGUAGUGAUUAGCUGCAAUGCAUAGCUGUAAUAAUUCUCACCAUAAAAUCCGGAGAGGUAGUUACUCUGUUUUUAGUACAUAACUGUGUAUAUAAGGAUAGGUAGAGUGAUAUGGUAAUUGAUUUUCAUUCAUUUUUGUAUUCAUUUUUCAUUCA